AUGGCGCUCCGAGCUCUCCUGUUGACCCCGGCCCUGGCAGCGGGCAGCUGCUUGGAGAUGGGCACCAUCUCCAAGGAUCCUUUGGUGCCGUUGCCGUCCGCCUACUUUAAGACUUGGAGCGAAUGCCAGAGGGCCUGCGAGACCAACCCCACCUGCCAGUGGUUCUCCUUCAAAGAGGACAGCGCACCGACGCCGGGCGCCUGCUACUACUUCACCAAGACGGACGUGGCCACGGAGCCGGACGCCAAGGCCUUCUCCGGUCCCAAGGGCUGCCAGGACACCACCGUUCUGACCGACGCCGCGACCGCUGCGGCUGGCAUGGCCUCCAACCUGCAGGAGGGCGCCAACGGUGCUGCGGCCACGAUGGCGGAUGGCUUGAACGGUCUCCAGGACGGCGCGGCUGGCACUGCGGCUGACAUGCAGAACGCCGUGGCUGGCCACUUGAACAGCCUUCAGGAGGGCGCCAACGGCGCUGCGGCCAGCAUGGCGAAUGGCUUGAACGGGCUCCAGGAGGGGGCCAGUGGCACUGCGGCCAGCAUGGCGGAUUCCGUGAACGGCCACUUGAACAGCCUCCAGGACGGCGUGGCCGGGGCGGCUUCCAGUUUCAAGGAGGGCGCCGCCCAUGCCUUCGACGUCACAGGCACCAACCAGGACCACCCGGUAGCGGAGCACAUGGGCAUGGCAGCGAAUGGGCUGAUCCCUGCUGGCGUUUUCACGUCUGAGGACGGCAAGGGCAAGGCAAUGGCUGCCGGCAGCAGUGCCGAUGAUCACACGGCGCUCUACGCCAUUGUGGGCGGCGGCGUCGGCGCAGCGCUCAUCGGCGCGGGUGCCUUUGCCAUGAUGGGCUUCAAAGGCACCAGCCCGGAGAAGCGCAAGGCGAAGCGGGGCUUGUCCAACGUCGCGGCAGGCAGCCAGGCGAGGCAGGUCGACGUCGAGGCGGCAGCUGCCAGCUUGCAGCGCGCCGCCCCAGCGAUGGCUCCUCAGGCCAUGGCGGCCCCGGCCAUGGCUGCGCCGUGCCAGUACCCGACGGAGCCCACGGCCUACGCGCCCAUGGCCUACCAGGCUGAAGGCUAUCAGAUGUACCAGCCGCAGGCCUACCAGGCGGCCUACCAGCCACAAGGCUAUCAGAUGGCCUACCAGCCGGCAGCGUACCAGCAGCCCAUGACCUACCAGGCUGCGCCUGCUUAUCAGCCCGUGACCUACCAGCAGUAA